AUGGAAGUCGACACCGGGUCACCAGUGUGUGUCAUUUUUCGGGAGCUGUACAUGAGGCAUCGGAACCAUUGGCCUACCCUAAAGCCGUUUCGCGUCAAGUUGUCUUGCUACGCAGGGCCGUUACCGGUGUUGGGCGACCUGACACUACGCGUGGGCUUCAAAGACGUGCUCGUGGACUGUUCCCUCACAGUGCUCGGCUGCGAAGGCCCAAGCUUAUGCGGAAGGGACCUGCUGACGCUACUAGACAAAGCUGGCGCUCCGGUGCUACAUGUGACUCCGGUCUGCGGAGCCACAAAGACAAGCGAAAUGGACCCUUGCAAGGUUAAGGCCAUUUUCACGGACUACCAAGACAUUUUCACUACAGAGCUCGGCCUAAUGAAGGGUCCUCCCGCAAGCCUGCACCUCAAAGAUGGAGCAAUACCGAAGUUUUGUCGUGAAUUUACGUUGGUCACGGAUCGUCAACCACUCGUGGGCCUGCUGAGACCUGACCGCCAGACACCGACCAUGGCGGCUGCGCGAAUUCAACGCUGGGCGCUGUACCUCGGAGGCUACAAAUACAAACUUCAGUACGUUCCCGGGAAACAACUGCUCAACUCGGAUGCUCUCAGCAGACUACCACAGCAGGCGACCGGAGAUGGAGGGGAAGGUCCAAAUGACGAGAGCGACGACUGGACACUGCCGCCAGACAGCAGUGUGUGCGUCCGCAAUUACGGACAGGGGGAGAAGUGGAUCCCUGGUCGGGUCAAAUCGGCGACAGGAGCACGGAUGGUAACCGUAGAGACUCCCAAUGCCAUCGUCAAACGGCACGUCGACCAAGUACGCCGCCGCUCGGAUUCAUCACCAAGGUAUCCGGUCAACGAUACGGCUGCUGGUACCGCCAGGUCCAAGCGCGGCCGCCAAUGGAACCACUCCCUUGGAAGCGGCCGCCCCAGAUAGUACUUCAGCUACCGCCCAAACUCCGGAAAGCAACAUUGAACCUCGUAACCCUCCUCUCCUAACUACCGCAGGUCCGGCCGAAGAUUCGCAGCAAGUCCUGCGUCGGUCAACAAGGCAGCGCAAGCCAGUGCAGCGGUUCCAUUUUUGAGGAGAGGGCAGUGUUGUGUCUGCGUCAUACCGAGUUCUGCGCAUGCGCAGUACGUGUCAUUUUCUUCUCCUCGCUUCCACAUCCUCUCCCACUUCGGGGAUAAAAGCAAGCCUACGCCCCCAAAUAAACGCUUU